GGCCAGAAAAUUAAAAAAAAUCUUAAUUUUAUUGGGUGAUAUUUGUGGUUACAAAUUACAAAAUAUUUAUUUGUAUUUCUAUGUGAAAGAUAAAGUAGGUCUAGUAAGUUAACCUUGGGGAACUAAUGUCUGGGCUGACCUAUAUUUGUCAGUACGGUAACGAAGAAUCCGAUUCCGAGGAUAGUCAGGAAAAGGAUUAUUCAAAGCCAAAACUACCUAGACCCAAUUUAAGUGGAGUAUCUGUUGUAUCAUUUGAAGAACAUGUUGAUGACUCUGACUUUCAUGGGGGAAGAGUUCGGAGCUUUCCGCAUGUGAGAGGAAACUGGGCUACGUUUGUGUAUAUUGAGUACCCAGAUAAAGAAAACUUGUUUAAAUUAAUAGAUAAAUUUGCAGCAUUACUUGCGACCAUUGAUGAUUCUUGUUGCAAAUUGGAAGACAUCCACAUCAGUCUUUCAAAAACUUUUGUGUUGAAGUAUCAUAUGAUCAAUACAUUUACAACUUCAUUACAAGAAGCCCUAAAUAAUAUUGAAAGUUUUGAGCUUGGAUUUGAUUCUGUAGAAGUUUAUUGUAAUGAGGAUAAAACUCGCACAUUUGUAGCUCUGAAGGUGGAUUUUUUUGCUCACAGAUACUUAAUUGAUAUUACCAAGAAGGUUGAUAAUAUUCUGGAAGAUUUUAGAUUGCCACAGUUUUAUCAUGAACCUUCUUUUCAUAUGAGCAUCUUGAGCAUCAAUGGAGACAAACAACAAGAUGUUAUAAAGAUUUUGAGUCAAAUGAAUCAACAUUUUGCUUAUCAAGAAGAAAGACUAGAUACCAUUAUCAUUAACAAAGUAAAUUGUAAAAGUGGAAAUAAAUAUUAUCAGUAUUGUUUAAAGUAA